AUGGGUUUGAUUAAGAAAGUGACCUCUUGGUCCUAUGAUAACCUAAUCGAUUAUCUUUCGGUGAACCCAACUAGAGAUGAAGUUACGCAUUAUAAAGUGGAUCCCAAUGACGAGUCUGACGAGUCAAUUACAAAGUUGCAUACUGUGAAGGAUUUUGGGAACAUUACCUGUCUAGAUUAUUCUCAUUCUGAUAUCGGAUUGGUUGGAGUAGGUGAAAAGAACGGUCAUGUAAGGCUAUUUGAUAUCUUAUCUGGAGAUGCGGAUGAGGAGGGAGAAGAGGGAGUAGGUCUCUCUCUAAGAGCUAAGCAACAAAGAUGUAUCAAUGCAUUAGGAAUUAGCGCCAAUGGAUUGGUUGCAAUGGGAUUAGAUAGAAACAGAAAUGAUGCAUCUUUGCAAGUUUGGGAUAUCAAUUAUCAAAGUAUGGAUUCCGAUAUCGUUAACGCAUCGUUUAGCUAUUGUGUGAAUGAGAGUAUAGUAUCGUUGAAAUUCUUAAAUGAUACAAACUUGUUGGUAGCAAGUACUAAAUUUAUAAAGGAAAUUGACGUUAGAAGUCCUCAACCUGCUUAUCAAUAUCCAAGUAGACUUUCAUAUGAUAUCAAAUUAAAUCCUUUCAAUGAUUGGCAGUUUAGUACUUAUGGUGACGAUGGGACACUAUCAAUUUGGGAUAGAAGGAGGUUAGUUGGCGAAAUUAAUGACCAAAACCUUCCGAUCCUCACCUUUGAGAAAUUGGUGGGCACUGGGGCAGCCUCAAGAAAAUAUAUGAACUCAUGUUUCCGAUGGUCAUCUACCAGAAAUAAAGAAUUUGCCACUUUACAUAGAGGUGAUACCAUUAAAAUUUGGAGAUUAGGUUCUGAUAUGGGUGAAUCUACUAAUGUUGAUGAAGUUGAAAACCUGUUUGUCUCAACUGUUCAUGACAUCAAUACAACCUUCGACAGAGUCGCAACAUUUGAUUAUAUCCCGGUUGACGACUAUCGUUCAAGUCUAAUUUGUAUGAGACAGUCUGGUACUGUAUACAGAAUGCCCAUCAAGCAAAGCUAUUCCAAAGCCAUUUUCAAUUAUACAAAUUCCUUAUUAAUCGCGACUGCAGAACUUCCUGAAAUAGAUGAAAUACGCGUUAGUCAAGGUGGAACAGAAUCAAAUGCAGAAAAUGUGGUUACCACUUUGAAGAAUUUAUCGUUUGAGGAUUUGGAUGUAGGUGAAGAUUAUCUACCAGAACUAGAAAUGAGUAAUAACGGUGGUAUGAUUUAUGAUGAUAGAACUGAAAAAAAUGGUUCAAGAACACAAGAUAAUGGCUCUGAAGAUCAAAAUAACGAAGAGUCCAGGGAUGAUGAAAGUGACCAUCAUUAUUAUUUAGAUAUGGAAAGUUCAACAAGUCAAAAUGAUUCGUAUGCGGUAUACUGGAAGGCAGAAAAACUGCUUCAGAAGGAUAUUAGUGUAAUAAUGAAAGCAAGAGCUGAGCUUGGUUAUGGACUUGAUCCAAUGGCUACAGUGGAAACAAUUGACAAGUCAAAAAUUUUCCAAAACAAUGCAUAUAUAAGAAACACUUGGAGAUGGUUGGCUAUUGCCAAAGCUGCUGUUGACGAUGGGACGAUGGUUUCUGGUGAUUUGGAUCUUGGAUACCAAGGUGUGUUGGGUAUAUGGAACGGAUUCGAAGGUAUUUCAGAUCAAAACAGGUACAGAGAAGACUCAAUUUUAACGGACAAACAACUAAAUAAGGAAAUGGAAAAAAUAAUACGAUCAAGGAAAAAAGAAAAGGAGAGUCGAGGUUACAGGACACCAUUAUCAAGGUUUGCUGAUUCUCCCAAGCAUAUUCAAAGAAAAUUAUGUUUAAUAAUAUCAGGUUGGGAUCUUUCUCCAACAGACUACGAAGAGAAAUAUAAAAUUAUAAUGAAGAAUGGGAAUUAUGAAAAGGCAGCGGCAUGGGCUGUCUUUUUUGGAGAUAUACCGAAGGCUGUUGAAAUAUUGAGCUCUUCCAAGAAGGAAAGGCUAAGUUUAAUAGCUACCGCUAUUGCUGGUUAUAUGGCAUACAAGGACCAACCAGGAAAUAAUCCAUGGAGACAACAAUGUAGAAAGAUGUCAUCUGAGCUAGAAGAUCCAUACUUACGUGUGAUUUUUGCAUUUAUUGCAGACAACGAUUGGUGGGAUAUACUUUAUGAACCAGCAAUAUCAUUACGAGAAAGGCUAGGCGUUGCACUGAGGUUUUUAAAUGAUGUUGAUUUGUCCAAAUUUUUACAAAGAACUUCAUCAACCGUAAUUGCAAAUGGGGAAUUGGAAGGUCUAAUUUUAACUGGGAUUACGCCUAGUGGGAUUGAUCUUUUACAAUCCUAUGUGAGUAAGACAUGUGAUAUUCAAAGUGCUGCUUUAGUUUCAGUUUUCGGUUCCCCAAAGUACUUCUAUGAUAAGAGGGUUGAUGAGUGGAUUCAAACGUACAGAGUUAUGCUAAAUUCUUGGGAACUUUUUUCCAUGAGAGCUAAAUUUGAUGUCUUAAGAAUUAAGCUUUCCCGAACUAACACGGGAAGGAUUACAGCGCAACCCAAGCCCCGUCAAUUAUAUAUCCAAUGCAUGAACUGUAAAAAAAAUAUCAACAAUCCAUCUUCCGGAUAUCCAACUUCACAUAAGGGAAGUUCUGCUGGCGUAUCCACUAACAAUAUUUAUGAAAGCGCCGAGAAGGAUAACCUAUCAAAUAAGACCCAAUAUAGGUAUGCGUGCCCUCAUUGUGGAACACCAUUCCCUCGAUGUGCUAUUUGUUUGAUGCCAUUGGGUACCUCAAAUCUUCCCUUUAUUAUAAAUGGAGUUGAUCAUGAUCAGGGUGAGAAGGAUUCUGAGAGGAGAGAUGUGUCGGGCUCGUACAGUAAUGACGAGGCUUCCAUCUUCGAGCAGUCCAUAGAUCUUGCCGAGUCCAAGAAUAUUCAACGAAGGAGAAAAUUGAAUCUGAAUGAAUGGUUCAGUUUCUGUUUAAGCUGCAACCAUGGGAUGCACUCCGGACAUUCGGACGAGUGGUUUGCAAAACAUUCGAUGUGCCCUACCCCUGGAUGCAGUUGUCAAUGUAAUAAAUAG